AUGAGAUCCUCUCUAGUGGCUGUGCUAUGUCUGGCGACUGUUGGCCUGGCGGCCGACAGUUUCGUCAAGAUGAAUCUGCAUAAGGACCAUGUGCAGCGCAGCAAGAGCAUGUUGGCGCGCAGACAGACGGACACCCUUGAAGAGGACAUCACUUUAGCAAUAGAAGGAUCUGUUUACUGGCUGGAUCUCACCAUUGGUACACCGCCUCAACAGUUCAAGCUCCAACUCGACACUGGCAGCAGUGAUCUCUGGGUCCCGGCAGCGAAUGCAACUGCUUGUGUCCGGGAUGGCCACACUUGUCCAGGCGGCGCGUUCAACAUCAACAAAUCCACCACUGCCGAAAUCACGAUCCCAUGGUCAUGGGAAGUGGAAUACGGAGAUCAGACCGGCGACGCCGGGGAUUAUUUCACUGAUGUUGUAGUGGUUGGCAACGACACUAUUCCAGCUGGUAUCAUGCAACUCGGCCUGGCUAUGAUUACUGUGGAUGGCCCUCAGGUUCAGAAUGAUGGCCAUGGUCUUGUCGGCGUCGGAUACUCCAGUUUACAGUCGGGCGCGAUGACUGGCUUAUUUGACGCAGACAAGCUCCCACCUAGUCUGACUCAAGCGCUGGUGCAAGCUGGUGCAAUUGACCGAGAAGCCUACAGCCUCUAUCUGAACGACUUUGAAAGUGGCGAGGGUGCAGUGCUCUUCGGAGGCGUUGAUUCAAGCAAGUACACAGGCGAACUUGUGGCUCUCCCCAUCCUGCCUACGCCGGACAAUUUCUCCGAUUACACGCGCUUCGAGAUUGCCUUGACUGCGAUAUCUCUCACCGAUCAAAACGGGACACAUAAACUGACAGACGACGACUUUGCCGUACCCGCACUCAUCGACAGUGGUACCGUCGCCCAGACCCUCCCACAGCCAGUUUAUGAUGCAAUCCUCGGAGGCCUCGGGGCGACCAACGACCCCAACCUUGGUAGCCCUGUCGUUCCGUGUGCAUACGGGGACGCGGGCAUCUACAUCACUUAUACCUUUGGCGGCCCAGGUGGUCCUUCGAUUGACGUACAGUUGUCCGAACUGCUUGGACCUGGAGCAAGCGACCCGUCGUUUUACAAAGGCGAUGUCCCGGCUUGCGCCAUCUUCAUCAACCCGGCAACCGAGGACUUGGGUUACAUACUUGGCGACUCAUUCAUGCGUUCCGGAUACUUUGUCUACGACCUCGAGAAUAACAUGAUGGCCAUCGCUCAAGCCCGCCUCAAUUCGUCAGAGCCAGAGAAAAUAGUCGCCUUCUCCAACGGAACGGAUAUCCCUGGAGCAACUUCGACAAACACAUUCACCAAUGUACCCACAUCCAGCAAUAGUGUUGAGCAGCCCGGCGCGAAGACCACCUCUGCUGCAGCAUCGGCGACUGCCACAGGAGAUGUUCCCAUAGGUUCUCCAACCUUCGCCAUUGGAAGUGUGACUAGCGAGCUCGGCGCCUCAAGUACGGGCUCCUCCUCAUCAGGCAAUGAGAAUUCAGCAUCGACAAGCACUCGUGCGUCUCUAUGGGUUGCAGUUGCCGCUGGCAUAAUGAGUUUCUUGGUGAUUUAG